GAGCACAUGACAAUACAUCGAUGAAUAGAUUUAAGUAAGAAAAAAAAUAAUAAGUAAGCAAGAUGAAAAAUAGUGGGAAAGAGAGAAUGCAACCAAAAAGAAGUAGUGGUGUAGUUCCUCAUAUACGAAAUAUUAACAAAAAAUAAAAUAAAAUAAAAUAAACGAAGAAGAGAAGAGGAGAGAAACGAAGAAGAAAAAAAAAUUGUGUAUAUUUUUUGGUCGGUAACGGACGCUUAUUUUUCCGUGCACACACCGUUCCUCCGUGUGUGCAUUUUUCUCGUUUUCGCUGAAAGCUCUCUGUUGCCCGCUGCUCAGAGGUUUUGCCACUGAUAUUGUGGACGAGUUGGUAGUAGGGAAAAGAAGUGUUUAAUGGUAGGGUCAGAAACGGUGGUGUUUUUGGUCUUGUCACUUCGGAGUGCUCCUCAGUGUGUCUAGUAAAUUGUUAUCGUCAGAACGGAUCACAACAGUUUUUUUUUGUACUAUGGCGUGUAUAAGUUUGAAUCGGGUAUGUGCCCGUGUGGUGCAAGAUAAAUUAUAUCAGUUACUUGUUAACAAAAAUCAAAAUACAAUUUAUCGACAAACUCGGAAUUUCAAUAACGCUACUAUCAAUCUUACGAAACGGAACCAAUUCGGAUUCAAUUCUAUCGGAAGAAAUUUAGCUGGCUCGCUACAGACGACACUACCUCUGCUUCAUCCAUGUACACGGGAAUACAGUUCGGUUCAUACACAACAACCCGCCAAACCAGUACGAGAAGUCGAGCUAGAUCCAUACAUAUUGUUAGAUGAUGAUAUUAAAUAUGUUACACAAGACAUUAGAGAUCUUAUCGAAAGUGGGACAAAUCAGCCAGAAUUAGACACAAUUGCGAAAUAUUAUUUCGAUGGACAGGGGAAAGCACUACGGCCGAUGGUUGGAAUGUUGAUGGCUAGAGCAAUAAACCACCACAUACACAAAGAUAUGCGAGACCCUUUAGAAAGUCAGAGACGUGUUGCCAUGAUAUCAGAAAUGAUACAUACAGCUAGUUUAAUCCACGACGAUGUAAUCGAUCAAUCUAACUUUAGACGAGGCAAACCUAGCGUAAAUGUUUUAUGGAAUCACAGAAAGGUUACAAUGACUGGAGACUAUAUCUUAUCAAUAGCGUCAAUAUUGAUUGCUCGUCUUAAAAACGAUGAUGUUACAAUAGUUUUAAGUGAGAUUUUAACCGACUUAGUACAAGGUGAAUUUAUGCAGUUGGGAUCAAAAGAAUCGGAAAACGAACGAUUUGCCCAUUACCUCACAAAAACGUAUAGAAAAACUGCAUCGCUUAUUGCAAACACAACCAAAUCGGUGGCAAUGCUUGGUGGUGCCGACGAGUCUCUUUCAGAGUUAGCGUUUCAAUACGGCCGAAAUGUUGGAUUAGCAUUUCAAUUAGUCGACGACCUUUUGGAUUUUGUCUCAUCAGCAGAAGCAAUGGGAAAACCAACCGCCGCUGAUUUAAAAUUAGGCCUGGCCACAGCACCUGUAUUAUUCGCAUGCGAAAAGUUCCCCGAAUUGAAUCCAAUGAUUAUGCGCCGUUUUGAGGAACCCGGCGACGUCGAACGAGCCUUUGAGCUUGUGCACAAAUCUCAAGGAUUGGAACAAACGAGAUUCUUAGCCCGAAAACAUUGCAUAGAAGCCAUACGAUUAGCGCAAGAAUUAACCGAGUCACCGUAUCAAAAGGGAUUAAUAGUUGUUAAUGAUUAUGUGCUGAACCGAAUGAAGUAAUAUUAUUGUUUUUUUAAAGAAAAAUUAUUCAAUUAUUAUCUAUUGCCAAUAUCGUCGUCAUCGUGUGUAACAUUUAAUAUAUUAACAACGAAAGAGAACACAAAAUUAAGAUCAACUAAGAAAAAUCGAAGAAAAGAAAAAUCCAAACAAAAAAAAUCCUAACUGCAAGCAAUAUUACAUUGCUCCAUGUGUGGCAAUCAUUUGAAGGGGAAAAAAAACAUGAGCAAAAUCAAAUUGAGAACAAAAUGAUUAUUUUGGCCAAUGACAAGCGGCCGAGCCAAUUUUUUUUUUUUUUUGAAGAAAAAAAAAUCUUUUGUUUAAAUAGUAAAUAAUAAUUGCAUAAAAACUAAUAUUAAAACUAGUAUAAAAUCUAGAGUAUUGCAAAAGAAAACCGAAAUAGAUAAAGGGAAACAAUAAUCAAACUCAUGAGAACAACAACACGGGGUAAAAAACACACAUACAGAGAGAGAAUUAAAAUUGAAAAUAAAAUUGAUUUAGUCAAUAUUAAGAGGAAAUUGUAACAGAACCAACACAUUUGGCCGAGAUGAACGCUGGAUUUGUUUGUUUACGAUCAGAUAUAUAUUUUUUGUUUACAAAUUCGUAUGCCAGAUAGAACAUACAAAGUGGUAGAGAAAAAAUAGUAGGUACAUUUGCAAGAAUGCAAAAAAAUGAACUAAAAUAUCGAACAUUUUUGAUUUGUUUUUUAAUAUUGCAUAUUGGUUUAGUUUAAAUGGCAAAAUGUUUGAGCAUGAAAAUUGAAUAGAAAAUAUAAUUAUUUUUUCCUUAAAAAAUAGAUUAAAAAAAUCAAUGUGGGAUGGAUAGGUGUUAUUUAAAAAAAACACACACAUUUUAAAUGAAACAACUUUAGCAAAUGAUGGUAUACAAUGUAUUUGUAUCGUGUAUCGAUUGCUUUUAAUUUCUUUUUUUUUUUAUAAAUACACACAAAUAUUUUCCGAAAUUCUAGUUUUCUUUUCGUCAAUUCAGUUUUAUUUUCGGGAUAUAAAAUAGUGAUUCGAAUCUGCCCAAAAAAAAUUACACACCUGUCUGUCAUUGUUUAAAAAAGUAUAUAUCCUCACAUUGUGUCCGUGUCCGUUGCUUUUUAGUGCGAAUAACAUCAUUUGAUGCCACUGCACUCCGAUCGAAGAUCGAAAUGCCCGGCAAGAAGAAUAGAAAAAAAAACAUGCCAUCAAAAAUUAAGAAAAGAAUAUCUUACAUCAAGCAAUGAUGCAGCAUAUAUAAUUUAUGUAUGUAUAAAGUUAUUUUAAAUAAUGAGCUCCAAAAAUGGUUGUGUGUUUUUGAAAACAAGCAAAGAAGAAAAAAAAGACGAAAAAAAUCAUGAUAAAUUUUUUUUUUAAUUAUCCAUGUAAUUUGCUUUGGAAGGUUUAUGUUAAUAAUAAUACUUUUGAUAAUUUUAACGUAUUCUUCUUAUUAUUUUUUUUUAUUUAAUAUCAUUUUUUAGAAUUGAGUUUGUUCCGGAAUGAACUCUUGGAACUCUUAAGUUCUAUAUCUUUUUUUUUGUUUUGUACUAUGUUAUAGUGAAUGCAAAUCACGACUUAGUUGUAAAUUAUGAGUAAAUGUAUACAUUUUCUUUUUGUUUUUAAAAAUAAUGUAUGUUUGGUGUGCACUCUCUUUGUAUAUUUGUAGUCUGAAUCUUUUUCUCGGUCGGAUGUUUUGUGCAUUUUUGUGCAAAAGCUCAUGCAAAAAGUAAUCGCCAAACACCGGAGAAACUCACCAUUGCAAAUGAACGUGGAGAGUGAACCCAAGAAAAAAAAAAAACAAUCCAUUCAAAGCAAAUUGAAGAGAAUAAAAUGAAAACAGAAAAGCAAAAAAAAAAAACACAAGUGGCCAAGUUUAAGCAAAGACAACUGGAGUGAAUGUUUUCGAUUCUUAACAAGAAAUAACAUUCUUCCAUUUAUUGUUUAAAGCAAAAAAUUUAAAAAAAAUUGUAAUUAAUUUGUAAUAAUUUGUUUGUAGUUUAUUAUAUUCACUUAUAUUGUUUAAUGCCUGGUCAGUUCAACGGGCUUACGCGCACGCAAACACACACAUACACACACACACAUAGAGCGUCCCUCUAUUUAGAUACAGAGAUCAUAUAUGCAGAAUAUUGAGAAAUUAAUUAUAAUUUGUAUAUAUAUAAAUUGUGUAGAAUGGCAUAUCCGUGACCAUUAAAAACCGUACCGAAAUCCAAAUAAAUCCAUAUACCAUUUGUCCCGUUUUCCAAUUUUGGCUCAUCAUCGAUUUUCAAGCGUUAAUUUAAUUUUGUAGGUCAGUCCGAAGCCAUCGUCAUAUAUAUUCUCUUUUUUUUUCUUUGAUGAAUGAGUGAAAAAGUGUGAAAAUCGCGUUUAAAACAACAAACGACAAUUGGAAAUGAGUUUAAGUAAUUGUGUGCGCGCAAUUUCCACAAGAAAAAAAAAAUAUAUGGCAUUAACAAUUUAUAUCGAUAAGAUGGUGUUCAAGAGAAAAAAAAAUUAACAACAAAAAAGAGAGAAAAACUGCCUUUUUAAAAAGAAAUAAGCUUAAGUGUGAGAUCCGAAAGAAGGAGUAAAUAGAUAAAUUUACAUAUUAAGAUUUGAAAUAAACAUUUAAAAAAAAAACGUUUAAUUUUCAACAAUUAAACGAGGUACAUGAAUAAUAAUGAAACGAAGCGAAAACCGCAUAUACUGUUAGACAGAUUGACAAUUUAGUCAAAUAAAUACAAAUAAUAACAACCAAAUAAUUAUUUAUUAGAUUUUUCCUUCUUCAUUUCAUGGUUUUGUGUUUUGUUUUUCGUUUUGAAAAAGAAUAUAUGGAGAGCGACAUACAGCCAAGAAUUAAUUUUUUUGUUAAAUAAAACUUAACCUUCUUUUUGUUAUUUUGGUAGAAAAAAAAUAGAAACAAAAGCAAUUUUACAAUUUGACGGUAUUCGUCAAUGGCUCACUGAACAUGCUCACUUAAUUUAAAUUAAUGAGAAAAAUUAACGAAAAUUAAUUCAUUUUAAUUCAGUCAGAAAAUUAUGCAGCACAUGAUCCCCGUUCCAACUGUAUUUGUAGGAAACGCUUUAUGUUUUUGUCUUUUUUCCUCCUUUUGAAAAAAAAAAAAAAAAAAAAAAAACAAAUUGGUUACUAUAUUUAACCGACAUUUAAUUCAAUUACUGUGGAAUUUAAGACACAUGAAAUAAAAGUUACCAUCUCUCAAAACCAUUUAUUUUCCGUUGAUUUUAUUAUUUCUCAUUCAGUUGCAAUAUGAUUUACGUAAAAAAAUGAAAUGUACUAAAUGGAACAAAUGUCAUAAAUAUACGGAAAAUACCAAUUUUUCCAAUCUUAAUACGCACUCAAACGGGAAAGAAAACUGAAAUAAUCAAAUCGAUUCGAAAUAAAAGGAAAUGAACAGAAAAUCAAUUUAUCUAUUAACUUUAUCGAUAACAAAUUGAAGAAAGAAAAAAAAAA